CUUCUCCAUCCCACGGAUUUUACUGCCUUGGAUAUUGCGAGGGGAGGGAGGGGGGAGAGGAAGAGAAGGAGCCUCAUAAUUUCGCCUGCGUUCCUGCAACCGCCCCGCGGCCCCCGCUGCGCGCUCGCCCUGCCAUCUUUGCACAAUGCACUUGCUGGAGGUGCUCUCCCUGGGUUGCUGCCUUGCUGCCGGCGCCGUGCUCCUGGGACCCCGGCAGCCGGCCGCCGCUGCCGCCUACGAGUCCGGCCAGGGGUAUUUCGAGGAGGAGCCCGACGCCGGGGAGGCAAAGGCUCAUGCAAGCAAAGACCUGGAAGAGCAGUUGCGGUCUGUGUCCAGUGUGGAUGAACUCAUGACAGUACUUUACCCAGAAUACUGGAAAAUGUUCAAGUGUCAGUUGAGGAAAGGAGGUUGGCAACACAACAGGGAACACUCCAGCUUUGACACAAGAUCAGAUGAUUCCCUGAAAUUUGCUGCAGCACACUAUAAUGCAGAGAUCCUGAAAAGUAUUGAUACUGAAUGGAGAAAAACUCAGUGCAUGCCACGUGAAGUGUGUGUGGAUGUGGGAAAAGAGUUUGGAGCAACUACAAACACCUUCUUUAAACCCCCAUGUGUAUCCAUCUACAGAUGUGGAGGUUGCUGCAACAGUGAAGGUCUCCAGUGUAUGAAUAUCAGCACAAAUUACAUCAGCAAGACAUUGUUUGAGAUCACAGUGCCUCUUUCUCAUGGCCCCAAACCUGUAACCGUCAGUUUUGCCAAUCACACGUCCUGCCGAUGCAUGUCGAAGUUGGAUGUUUACAGACAAGUUCAUUCUAUCAUAAGACGUUCUUUGCCAGCAACACAAACUCAGUGUCAUGUGGCAAACAAGACCUGUCCAAAAAAUCAUAUUUGGAAUAAUCAAAUUUGCAGAUGUUUGGCACAGCAUGAUUUUGGCUUCUCUUCUCACCUUGGAGAUUCUGACACAUCUGAAGGAUUCCAUAUUUGUGGACCAAACAAAGAGCUGGAUGAAGAAACCUGUCAAUGUGUCUGCAAAGGAGGCGUGCGGCCCUCAAGCUGUGGACCUCACAAAGAAUUAGACAGAUCAUCAUGUCAGUGCAUGUGCAAAAACAAACUUCUCCCCACUUCCUGUGGGCCCAACAAGGAAUUUGAUGAAGAUAAGUGCCAGUGUGUAUGUAAAAAGACCUGUCCUAAACAUCAGCCACUAAAUCCUGCAAAAUGCAUUUGUGAAUGUACAGAAUCUCCCAAUAAAUGCUUCUUAAAAGGAAAAAGGUUCCAUCACCAGACAUGCAGUUGUUACAGACCACCAUGUACAGUCCGAACGAAACGCUGUGAUGCUGGAUUUUCUUUUAGUGAAGAAGUGUGCCGCUGUGUACCCACAUAUUGGAAAAGACCACUUACGAAUUAGUGAAGAGAGCACUACUUGCUAUUUUGGUGUACAUUUUUCCAUUAGAACAAAAGAACAACAGAAACUUUGCUAAUAAUUGGAAUUAAAUGUUCACCAGAGACUCUGUGGGGCUUUCAGAGACAGACUCAUUGUGCUUUUCUCAAGAUGUGGAAAGCAAAUGUAGAAAAUAACUGGGGUUCAUGUUUUGUAAAGAACUCAAUAAGGACUUAUUUUCUGCCAAUGACCAAACAGCCUAGGUUCUCCUUCUUGUGAUUUUUUUUUUUUUUAAAGAGAUAAUGACUAUAUAAUUUAUUUCCACUAAAACCAUUGUGCAGCAUUUCUGUUUAUAGCAGUAACAAUUGUUAAAGCUCACUGUGAUCAAUAUUUUUAUAUCAUGCAAAGUAUGUUUAAAAUAAAAUGGAAAUUGUAUUAUAUAAUGGUGAGUAUGUUUAAUCAUCUGCCUAAAGAAAGUAUUACAAUUCAGUUUUAUUAUCAGGGUUCUUAAAAGGGGGAAAUGUGAUUUAAGAGAAAGCACUUUUCUGAAAGGAAGACUACAGCCAUUUUCUCAUACCUGCCGUGUAUGUCAUUUGAAACAGAAAGAGUUACACUUAGUGUUUCAUGACCUGGUGAUAUUUCUGUCUCUAGAACGAAAUUAGCAAAGCAAGUACAAUUAAUAACUAAUGAAAACAUUGGAGGUCCUGUACAUUGCCCAAGGAUAAGGACUAUGUUUAAAGGACAACAGCAACUACUCACACAUUCCAAUAUAUUUACCUUCCAUUUUAUUUCUUGUUAGCAUUCCUAAAGAAUAAAUAUGAAAUAAUGUCUACUCAAGGUUAUUGGUAUGAAAGUGGAAAUGCCAACUAUGCUUUUUAUUUAGUAUUACAGGCUAUACUGUAAAAUUUACAACUAAAUAAUUCAGAAUGCUUUGAUGUACUUUGCUCUUUCAUAUAGUCAAUCAUAUAUCUUGAUCAACAAUGUGUGUGUGCAAAAAUACUUUGAAGGAAAGAAAAUACAAUUUAUAUUCCAAUGGGGACAUGAAAGGA